AAUGUCUACUGUGAGAGAAGGGAAGAAGAAAGAGAAGAUAGCUACAGAGCCUGUGGCUAUUUCAUGGAAAGAGAGAAAAGAUCUUGCUGACGAAGAAGAAGAGGCCUUGGUAAAAGAUAUUGAAGAUCUUAGAGCAUGGACUGACAUGAUUGACGCUAUGAAUGAUGAGCAGUUGAAGGAAUAUCUGAAAAACAGACCUGAAGAAUUAAAGACCGUGAAGAUCCAAAAGAGCAAGCCUAGACAAAAAGUUCAACGGCUCAGGAAGGCUAAAUCUUCAGCUUCAAUGGGAAUAAUGGCUUCAGUGUGGAAAUUUCAUAAAGAAGACAAUGAGGACCCUGUGAGACCUGAUGUGUGAAAGGCUUCCAACUGAACAUAAUUGUAUAUGCACUAGCUUCUUCUUCACCAUAUGGUGGCAACUGAUCAUUUCCUU